ACACACCUGCGCGCUCUGCCCCUGCCGUAGCCCUUGGGUGUGUGGUAGGUGAAACCAUGCGUGUGAUGUGGGGGUAGGAUUGGACAUUAACUGCUGCAGCUAAGGGCUUCUUAAGCCACCUCCCAUCAGUGGUGUGCUUUCUAAGCUGGAGCCAAUGGGGAACUGGAGUAUGGUGCUCAGUGGGUUGAAGCGCCUCCAGAUGGACGGGAGGUGGAUACCUGGGGUCCAGUGGGGAAUCCAGCACAGAAACCAGGAAUACCAGGGGAAUCGGUGGCUGGCGGCUAAUGGUAUUUAGGUGAUUUUGAGCUUUGGGUGCAGUCUUGGGAGCCAGGACUCCUGGGUUCUAUUCUGGACUCUGGGAGGGGGGUGGGGACUCCUGGUUAGAGCAGACGGGGCUGGGAGUUAGGACCCCUGGGAUCUAUAAGCCGGGGUCAGGACACCUAGGUUCUAUGCCUGCCACUCACUUGCUCUUGAGCACUGAGCGAGUCACGUCUUUGCUGUGUGCCUCAGUUUCCCCACCAGUAAAAUGGGGAGAAAUGUCGUACAUCUAUCUCCUGGGGAGGUUAUGAGGCUUCAUUCACAAACGUACGUAAAGUGCUGGGAGAUGCACCGUGCUGCUCCGAGAGCCAGGUAUGGAGGAGCCAGGUCCCCAGCUGGUGUGAACAGGCCAUUGCUCCAUUGGUGUCCGUACGGAUUUUCCCCCCUGGGAAUCUGGCCUUUAUUGCAUGAAUCCGACUUUCUUAAUACCUUUGGAGGUGAGUGGCUAAGAACCUGUAUUGGCCCAUCUGUGCACCCUGCCCCCUCGGUUUACCUGCGCGCCGGUCAUACUCGGGUAUGAAGGCCGUUGGGUAAGACGUUGGAGUGUGCUGCUUGCUGUGGAGAAAACGCAGUGCCCCAUGGCUGGAAUGGAUGAGCUCAGGGCCACAGCCGCCUCUCCUCUCCUCUUGGCACAACCAGCAGGGCUCGAAGAGGCCGUGGAUGGGUAUCCUUGAUUGCACUCUUUCCCCCCGCUCUGUGGAUGCAGCAGAACCAGCUCUGGGAUUUAGCACUUUUGAUUUAUUUGGGGAUUGGUCCUGCUUUGAGCAGGGGGUUGGACUAGAUAGUCUGUGAUUCUAUGGGAGGAAGGAUGGUGGGGUCAGGGCACUAGCCUUGGGCUCUGCGUUCAAAUCCUAGCUCUGCCGCCACCUUGUGUGACCUGAGCCAAGUCACUUAGCUGCUCUGUGCCUCAGUUUCCCCAUCUGUAUACUGGUGGGGUAAUGCCACUGUUCUACCUCACAAGGAAUUGCAAGACCCUCGGCUCAUACAGUGGUGGGCACUAUAUACAGGGCUGGAUUUCCAGUUAGGCGCCGUGGGGCACCAGAAUUCUAGGGGUGCCUUACCUGUCUAAAACUCUUUGCAACAUGAAGAUCAGCUGUGGAGGGGGGUGUGUGCUGAAGAUGCUGUGCCUGGGGACAUGGAAGGUGUAUCAUGCUAUAGAAGCAUGAUAAAUUGAUUAGCCUUUCCUGCCCUGAUGGGGAUUCCCUGUCUUGUCUGACAUCUCCCAGGAAGUCAGGCGUCGCCCUGAACCUUAUACAUCUACAGUGGUCUCGGCUCCUUUCGGUCGUCUCCUCCUCUGGGAUGAAAUGGGGCAGAGGGGAAGGUCUAUGGGUCUCUCAAGGUCCGGUUUCUAGCUUGGAGAUUCACAAGUGUGAAUGAAGGGGAAAUUGCUCAGUUCUCAUAGUCUGUGGCCAGAAGGGACUGUCUGUUUUGUGUUUUAUGCAGCACCUAGCACAAUGGGGGCCUUGUCCAUGGCUGGGGCUCCUUGCCUCUACUGUAAUACACCUAAUAUGCCUGGCACAAAUGAGUCCUGGUGUGUGAGUGGGGCUGUAUAGGCUGUUUAGCCCAGGCCAGAGAGUCCCACCCAGCCGUUCCUACAUCCAGCCCCUUUCUGGUAGUCGAGCUAGAGUGGAUUAAAUGCCAUCCAAUCUUGAUUUAAAGUCUCGAGUGAUGGAGAUUACUCCCCCAAUCCCCUGUUCCUGGGUCAGUAGUUCCUAUGGUUAAUUCCCUCUCUGUUUAAAAAUGUGCAUCUUGUUUCCUGUCUGAAUUUGUCCAGAUCUAUAUCAGCCUUUGCUGCUUUACAGAGCCCUCCCCUCGCAGAAAUCUGCCGCCUGUGUAGGUACUUAUAGACCAGGAUCAAGAGGCCUCUUGACAUUCCUUUGGAUAAUUACUCUUGAGCUGCUCUGUGCAGCAUAAAUGGCCCUUAAAGUGGAGGAAGCAGCCUUCUCCCACCCCCACCCCUGCAGGGGACUUCUCUAGCCAAGGUAGAACAAGCAUUAGGGCCCAGAAUUGUGGCCUAGAGGGUGGCUUGGGGGCACGGCUGAAGCACACUGCGCUAUGCCUAUUUCUCUGCUCUCCAGGGCCCAGUGAGUAUGGGAGUUAGAGCAGCCUCGGGGUUGCUCUGACUGUUGCUGGGAGCUGGGCAAGGCCCAGAAUGUGGGGAGAGCAAAGGCGGUUUCAAGCCAACUCUUCCCUCUCUCCCCACAUCCCUGCCCCAAGUGCAGGAACAGGAGAGAUGUGAAUCCAGCCUGAAGCAUGCUGAAUUCUGCAUGCUUCCCACGGUUGUCUGCGCUGCAUAGGGCAUGGGUGCAGCUCCGCCCCAUCAGCCUGGCUCUUUCCUUGCUUCCAUGUUUCAUUAGUCCAGGGAGCGACAUCUUUUGGCAGGCAGGCUCUCCCCUGGUCCCUGAAAUGACAGAGAAUGUUUUCCUAACGCAGCAGCUAGAUCCUCCCCAUCUGUGGAAAAAGCCCAUAGGAGACUGCAGAGAUAGCGAUAGAACUUGGGAAUUCCUGGCUCCCAGCCCUCUGUUUGGUCCACAGACCAGUUGGAAAUUUCCUUUGCAGGUACAAGAACCUGCUUCUUAAUUGUCAGGCAGAUCGGCGCAGUGAGAGCACAGUUAAGAGGGGUGAGGUUAAAAAGAUCCUACCUCUUUAAUGCCUGAAAAACUGUUUUGCUGGCGCUCUGCCUCUGCCAGCCACGUCCUACAGCCCGUCUCCUCACCCUUGUGUUGGCAACCAUCAAUCCACUCUCUGACUGAGUCUGCAGGUCCCCCUGAUAGUCAGCAGCUGCCUUCACUACCUUAGGGGGCUUGGAGGACUCCUCUGGUUGGUCCUAAAGGAGGGUGCAGGCCAGGCCGCUUUGGCUUUAAUGAGAUCUCAGACGGUCGUGGGAUGCAAGGCUCCACUGCUGGCUGACAGGGGUCCCUUUCUGCAGACCAGCCGUAAUAGCACCAGGAGCCGUUCCAUGACACGAUUCCACAGCCGCUGAAACUAGACACGUUCAGACUGAAAAUAAGGCGUCGAUCUUUAUGACAGGAUUGGCCGGACCCGCUCCCAGGAGGGGCAGUCAUGCGCCCCCCGCCGAUGCCCAGGGUUUGUCCAGAUGCCCAGGCAUCCCCAAGACGCUUGCGGGGAUUGUGAAGGGGGGAGCCGGAGAUGCAGAGGGACAGCGUGGCCCAGAGCUUCAGCCCGGCUCUUCUGAAAUCUCAGAUGCUUUCCGUGUGCCGAGGAGAGCCGGCGCCCGAUGCGGCCAGCUGCAGCGUCUGCACAGCCUCCGUGGAGAAACGGAUCAGGACCGAGCAGGCCUGCCGGCUGCAUGAGCGGGUCCUGGACUCCCUGUCCCGCUUCCAGGACUGGCUGCGGGCGGCGGAGCUGUGGGCCGCCUCCCCCGCUUCCUCCCAGGUGCUCUUUGCUGUGGCCAAGGAGGAACUCAAAAAGUUCGAGGUGCUGCAAAGGCAGAUCCAGGAGAAGUUGCACCAUCUGGAGUCCUUAAACAGGCAGUACCGGCAGCUAGUUCAGGCAAAUGGCAUCAGUUUGCAGGGCUGGCUCCGGGCCGCGGUCCAGGAGAGCAACCAGCGCUGGGACAACCUCCAGAAACGAGCUGCUGCCAUCCUCAAGAGACUGAAGUAUUUUGUCAGCCAGCGGGAGGAGUUUGAGUGGGAGCGGGAGACCGUGCAGGUAUGGCUGACGGAGCUGGAUCUGCGGCUCACCGAUGUGGAACAUUUCUCUGGGGGCAGCUCGCUCGAGAAAAUGAUGGAGCUGCAGGAGUUCCAGGAGGCCGUGCGGUCCAACGCGGAGCGGCUCGACUGGCUGCUGGUGUCCGGCGAGCGGCUGAUCCAGAGGAGCGAGCCGCAGGAUGCCGAGAUCCUAGAGGAGGAGCUGCAGGAGCUGAGCUGCUAUUGCCAGGAGGUCUUCUGGCGGGUGUCCCGCUUCCGCCGCCGGCUGGUCAGCAUGAGGCUGGUCUUUGAGGACGAGUGGCUGUCAGACCGAGACACCGAUGUGGGGUCUGACUGCUUCACAGACGUGUCCCCGGAGCCUGAGGGAGAAGCCAGGGGGCCCCCUCCUGCCGCUUGGAUCUACCAGUCCACCCCACACAAGGCUCUCUGCUGCCGGCGCCGCCAUCCGUUCGGGGCUGCCUGCGGGGGCAGCCUGGACCUGGAGUGGGACCCCUCGGUGGAUGUGGGCGGGUCCACAUCUCAUGACGAAGAGGAUUCAUCGUACUGCAGUGCCGUCACGGGUGUGGGCCAGUGGGAGGAGCCGGGCCGGAGGUGCAGCUGCCAGCUGGGCAUGCCCGCCAGCUGGCCGGCUGGAUGUGGGAGAGGCACCGGCCACGAGGACCUGAAUGCGCAGCUGGGCUCCCAGGACGGGCCUUGUCUCUCCCUGGCAACCAGAAGGAAAGUGGAAAUUGUCUGCGCCAGUUCUGGGAAUGCCCCUCAGUGGGGCAGCCGGCAUCCCCAGGGCCUGGCACUGGGGGAUGAGGCCUGCCGCCAGAGAGAGACGGUGGGCUUUGACCCUGAGCGGAUUGAGAGCUGGCUGGGCCAGACCUGCGUGGAGCAGGGCAAGCCAGAAGCGAUGCAGCCCUGCAAGAGGAGUCAGGCUGGUCCCGGCUUUGAGGAUGUGGCCGUCGUCAUUGAGAAGGGGCCUAUGUUGCAGCCCUUGGCUUUCUCAGAUCAACCUCGAGUGGGCCCCAGGAUCCUGGUCGGAAUAAAGAGGCUGCUGCUCUCUGCAGCUGGGCUGCUCCUGCUGCUCCUCUUCCUGGCCGGCACCUCCCUUCUCUCCCACAUUGAAACGCCCUGCUACACCCGGUCCUUCCAUUUCAUGCUGAAGUACGUCAACGGGCCACCUCCUACGUAAGCGUGCUGGGAAAAUGCCAACGAGAGCCCACGGUUUCCUCAGUGCCGGGGGCAGCUCCAAGAGGUAGGGGGCCAUUUCCCACCAUUCAGUGCCGCCCUCGGGUGGAUUUUCCUUGGGCAUCUGCCAUGCCAGAUACCAACCUCCCAGCAUUCCCAGCUAUGCAAGGAGCCUGCCCAGGAAAGAAGCACUUUUGGAUCCUUCCAGAGACUUCGGAAGAAGCUUAUCAGUACUUUGAGACCCCCAGAGCUGACCCACACAAACCCAGAAGCUUACGGCAGAAAGGAACCUCAUGAAAUCAGCUGGUCCCACCACUGCACCGAUCAAGGAACCCUUGUGGUCGUUGUCCUCGCUCUGCCAGCCCCCCCCUUGGCAGGUCCACCGCUCCGCAGGGAAUGGGGCUAGUCGGAAAAUUCUCCAUCGCAGCUGUUCUUCAACAGCAAAUCAGGACUCAACCCAGCAAAACCUCCUGGGGGAAGUGGCUGCUGCUUGUGGAAAGUUCUGACUUUUUGUUCAGAAUCAAAGAACCACCCAAAACUCAGAAUAUCUCAGUUCAGAAAUCUACCCAGGUGCCUCAUGGGAGUUGUAGUUUGGGUGAUUCUCAGCCCCUUUCUUUAUUAUGGGCUGCUCUCCCCAGCCAGCCUACAUCUCCCAUGAUGUACCGACACAUCUCCAAGAGGCAAGAUGAUGGAGCAUGAUGGGAGAUGUAGUCUGGCCAGGGAGCCUAGCCCAUAGAUGAGAAUGGGGAUGUGUGAGAGCUGAACUACACCUCCCAUAAGACACCUGGACAGCAUGUACUGGGUACUGUCUUAGUCCCCUAGGGGACUCGAACUGAUGCGGCUGUAGCCUUGAAGAUAGAUCUAGUAACUGGUACCAGUGGCACUGUAUGAGAGGAUGGGGGGGAAAUCCAUAGCAAUGGGUGGUUCCUGGUGCACCCGGGCCUAUCCAAAUCUGUGUCUGUGUGAAUGCCAAGUUUAAGUAAAUGUGUUUUGAAGUGAA